AUGGAGAAGGCGUAUCUGUCGGGCGAGACUGCAUUGCAUCUUAUUCCUCAGGGUACCUUCGCAGAAAAUAUCAGAUGCUGCGGUGCGGGAGUUCCAGCAUUCUACACUCCAACCGGUUUGAAUACCUUGUACGCUGAGGGGAAGCUGCCAACCAAGUACGACUCCAACGGCAACGUUCUUAAGUACAACGAGGCCCGAGAAGUCAGGACAUUCAAUGGCAAGGAGUAUCUUCUGGAAGAGGCGUUCCCAACUGCAGACUUCGCCUGGAUCAAAGCCUGGAAAGCCGACAAGAUGGGCAAUUGCGUCUUUAAAGGCACAUCGUACAACUACAAUCGCAUCAUGGCCAACGCUGCUCGCAUCACCAUUGUCGAAGCCGAGGAGAUCGUUGAGCUGGGCGAGUUGCCUGCAGAAUCGAUCCAUCUUCCUGGUCUGAAUGUCAACAGGCUUUUCAAAGGAAAGAAGUGGGGCAAGAUCGAGGUGUUGCACAACGAUGAUGACAGCAAAGAAUCGAAGGAGAAGAGCGUUCGAGAUGUGAUCGCCCAAAGAGCUGCCAAGGAGUUCGUACCAGGCUCUUCGUGUAACCUGGGCGUCGGCAUGCCCGUGCUGGCUUCCGAUUACGCUUCCAAGGACGGGAGACAUGUUUACGUGCAGUCUGAGAACGCCAUCAUAGGUGUUGGUGGAUACCCCAAGCGAGGCGAGAAACAGAGCGACUGGAUCAACGCGGGCAAGGAAACGAUUGUGCCUAUUCCAGGAGCCAGCACCUUUGGCAGCGAUGUCGCCUUUGGCCAGAUUCGAGGCGGCCAUCUCGACAUGACUGUGCUGGGAGCAUUGGAAUGUAGUCAGUACGGCGAUGUCGCGAACUACAUGAUCCCCGGUAAGAUGGUCAAAGGCAUGGGCGGCGCCAUGGACCUGGUAGCCAACCGCGAAGCCACCAAGAUCAUGGUUGUGCAGACACACUGCGACAAACACGGCAACCCCAAGAUCAAGGCAAAGUGCGAUCUGCCUUUGACAGGAAGCCGAUGCGUGCACAUGAUCAUCACGGAGCUGGCUUGCUUUGAUGUCGAUCACGAGAAGGGACUGACCUUGAGAGAUCACAAUCCCAAUACGAGUAUUGAGGAGAUCAAGAGCAAGACGGGCUGCGAUUUCAAGGUGGCGGAAGGGUGUGGGCCUUGGAAGGUGUAG